UAUCCUCACGAUUGAUUCUGCGGCAUCCCAUCCCACCUAUCUGAGGCCCAAAGCCCCUUUUUCACGGUUGAGGAAACCUCUCUGAUCGAGCGCAACCCCUCGACUAUGGACCUUGUCAGUCAGUUGCGAGGGCAGUUUAUUGAUUUAUCUAGUUCUAUGUAUCGUGAGGGUUUGUUGGAUGAACAGUUUGUGCAGCUUCAGAAGCUGCAGGAUGAGAGCAACCCGGACUUUGUGCUUGAAGUGGUUUCUCUUUACUUCGAGGAUUCUGAGAAGCUUCUCAACAAUCUGGCCACUGCACUACAACAACAGAUUGUUGAUUUCAAACUGGUCGAUUCCCAUGUCCACCAGUUCAAGGGUAGCAGCUCCAGCAUAGGUGCACAGAGGGUGAGAAAUGUGUGCGUCGACUUGAGAACCUGCUGUGAAAUGAAGGACCUUAAUGGGUGUGUGGCAUAUUUGCAACAAUUGAAAUAUGAAUUUAAUCUUGUGAAGAGCAAGCUUGAAAUGCUGUUCAUGAUCGAGCGAAAAAUUGUGGCAGCUGGAGGAACAGUUCCAGUUAUGGAAUAAAUAGAAGUAAUCUCAUCUCUAGACCUGGGAAAAUAAUUAGAUUGUGUAAGUUGGGAUUGGGGAGCUUUUGUGAGUUUAAUGCAGGUGACAACCAAAUUGUUUUGAGUUGCUGGGGGAUUCUAUUAGAUAUAGGAUUAAAGCUUUUGCAUUAAAAGGUUUGGUGAUGGUGUGAAUAAGAAUUUCUGUAUAGUCUCUCAUCUGCUGUUAAAACAGUUUUGAUCAUGCAGAUGGAGGUUUUUUGUUACCAAUUAUGGCGAUCCGUUUAUUUUAUAUAAUGUGUUAUCAGUUGCUAAUA